AUGGUAGACCCAGUUUCGCGAAGGCUAAUAAAAGAACUUAAAGACUAUCAAAAAGAGCCUAACCCUGAUCUUGCUGAAUUAUCUCCCGUACAAGACGACAACCUUUUAAUUUGGAAAGCAGUUUUGCGAGGGGAAGUUGAUACGCCUUAUGAAGGCGGGAAUUGGACUUUGCGUAUAGAAAUACCAAAAACAUAUCCGAUUCAUCCACCAAGGAUUAAAUUUUUGACCAAGAUCUGUCACCCUAAUAUAGCUUUCAAGACAGGGGAAAUAUGUUUGGACAUUUUAAAAACAGCCUGGAGUCCUGCUUGGACUUUACAAUCUGCUUGUAUGGCAAUUAGAUUAUUAUUAUCAAAUCCAGAACCUACUAGUCCAUUAAAUUGUGAUGCAGCAAAUUUACUUAGAUGUGGUGAUUUUAUGGGAUAUGAAUCGUUGGUACGAAUGUAUACUCAACUUUUCGCCACUAAUCAACCCGAGUACGAAGGAACUUCAUAA